CCAGCUACUGACAGACGACACCAGGCCCAGACAGGAUCUGCACCGCUCCAGGGCUGGCACCGGCGGGAUGGAGGCCGCGUGCACCAUGGCAGAGCUCAUCCGCACUUCCACGGACGCUUACCUCUCUCAGAACAGCAUGGCGCGACGUACACGGAGCAGCAGGGCCUGGCAUUUUGUCUUGAGUGGGGUGCAGCGUGAGACGGAGAGCCGGGCGGUCACCUUGGCCACUGGCCUGCGCGGCUGGGGCUACGACUCCGAUGGGCAGCACAGUGACUCGGAUUCAGAGCCGGAGUUCUCCUCCCUCUCGCCCUCCAUCCCAAGUGCCAUCCCUGUGACCGGAGAGUCCUACUGCAACUGUGAGAACCAGAGUGAAGCGCUCUACUGCUCCAGCCUGCAUGCCUUCCACCACGUCAAGGACUGCCAGUGCGGCGAGGAGGAUGAGUAUUUUGACUGGGUGUGGGAUGACCUGAAUAAGUCGACAGCCACCCUGCUGUCCUGUGACAACCGCAAGGUGAACUUCCACAUGGAAUACAGCUGUGGCACCGCUGCCGUCCGGGGAAACAAAGAGCUGGCGGAGGGGCAGCACUUCUGGGAGAUCAAGAUGACCUCCCCGGUCUAUGGCACUGACAUGAUGGUGGGAAUCGGGACAUCAGAUGUGAAUCUGGACAAGUACCGCCACACGUUCUGCAGCCUGCUAGGCAAGGACGAGGACAGCUGGGGCCUCUCCUACACAGGCCUGCUGCAUCACAAGGGAGAGAAAACAAACUUCUCCUCGAGGUUCGGCCAAGGCUCCAUCAUCGGAGUGCAUUUGGACACAUGGCAUGGGACACUCACGUUCUUCAAAAACCGCAAGUGCAUUGGGGUUGCAGCUACGAAGCUGCAGAACAAGAAGUUUUACCCCAUGGUGUGCUCAACGGCGGCCAAGAGCAGCAUGAAGGUGAUCCGCUCCUGCGCCAGCUGCACAUCCCUCCAGUACCUCUGCUGUUUCCGCUUGCGCCAGCUUCUGCCUGACUACGUGGACACGCUGGAGGUGCUGCCAUUGCCACCGGGACUCAAGCAGGUGCUACACAACAAACUGGGGUGGGUCUUGAGCAUGAACUAUACCACAUCGAAGCCUUCCUCCUCCUCCUCGGGAAGCGACUCGGACAGCUCCUGUGGCUCAGAGGCAGAGGCCUGCCGAAGGAAGAGGUGCAGGAGGACAUAACAUCUCUGCAGACGAACUGCUGUGAGGGAGUCGGGGGUGGGGGGAGGUUGUUCUACCAUCUGCAAUGGUCGACCAGGCCUGAUGCACCUCUUCCUUCAUGGGAACUUCCAUUCCUACUUGUUUGUGAAGGUUUCUCUUACCCUGUUGGGAACGGUUAGCCUAAACAUCAAUCACAUGCAUGGAAGAGACCUGUUGACUCCAAGAGGUCCCAGCUCUGUGAGACAGGGACACUGCAGCCAAGCCCCUGAGCUAUAUCUCCUGACUUGCUGUCAAGCCAUCGCCCCUUCCUGAAUGAUCCUCGUCUCUGCAGACUGCCAGCAGGGACAACAUUUAAGGUGGCCUCCUCAGCUCCUCAAAAGUCAAAAUCCCAGACCAGUUCCCUCCUCCUGGCUGUUAUGUGCGUGUUUGGCAUUUGUGAUGAGUUCCUCAUGCCAUGGGGCACGAUUGAACAGCAGCAUGAGGGGCUGUGGCUCCUGGAGAUGCCUCCAUGUCACUGGUGUGAAAGAGCAGUUCCUCCCAUGAGUGGAGCUGGUGGUGAUCUCUCUUGAGCCCCCUUGCUUUGCAUGUCAUCUUCUGCUCCUUCACCUCUAUCAAAGACCGCAGUGAACUGCAAUAACAGAAGCGGAACCUGUCGUUCAUCCCUCUUGCAGCCCAGGAACCUGCAGGUGCUUGUCAAAACCAGUCAUGCUGGCCCAGCUGCUGGCCUGGAGGGAUGUUUUGGAUGCAACACUGGUGUGUCCAAUUUUAAGGAGGGAAAGGCAGUGGAGAUCCUUUUGCCUUUGCCCUGGGGAGGGUUCUUGUGCUUCCCUUUGGAGCAGCAGUCAGGCUGGGAUGGAUCUUCAGUAGAGCCAGACUUGAUGCCACUGCACCAUGUGCUUGUGGCAGGGCAGCAGGAAAACCAGGUGGGCUCUACCUCCUGCAGGAUGAUGCCAGUGCCAUUCCAGUCCCUGCUCUCCACAGGGCCUGCGCUCAGCCCUUUGGCUCCUGCUCUUGCAGCUUUUCUCUGGUCUCUGAGCUCUCCUCCAGUGAGCAGCGCAGUUGCUGAUGAUUUGGUUCUGAGAUGGUGCCAUCAGCCAAGUGCGAAGGGUAUUGGGAAGUGGGAGAGGGCUGA